CCUAACUCGUCCCAAUUAUUAGUCAGUUCCUGUCAACGACAGCUUAGUGAGCACGCAAUAAGUACCAGAAAUCUUAUCAGUCUAUUUUUCAAUCACAACCCCAUCGUCGCCGUUAGCUGCUGUACACGCAUCGCCAUAAUCAGACGCAUAGCUCACGCCAUUUCGACUCAUUCAUGGCUCCGUUGAAUUUGCAAGGACUUAAUCUUGUUCAUACUCCUGCACCACAGGACGCUCAUGACCUACUAGCUCCCCCGUCCUUCCCCGACUUCUCAGCCCACCUUGACCUGUGGACAAAUCUUUCUUUCGAGACAGAGGAGCCCGUCGCUCGUAACAAGGGAAAGAGAAAGUCGGUGGAUGAUUCGGAAGAUGACGCUCCCGCCUCUCCUUUAGGCCUGCCUACUCAUGAUGGCCAUGAAAACGUCGUGCACCCUGCCAGCACUACCAUCACUCCCCAGUCCCAAGUCCAAGCACCACAGCUUGACCUGAAUGCGCUGUUGGCUGGAUUUGGGAUUGAUCCGUUCUCACUCCCACAAUUGGCACCCUCACCCGCGGAGAACGCGGCAGUCCCAUCGCUUGCGCAAUUGCUUGCCAUGCAUACUGCUCAAGGUGGAACUUACUCUAUUCCCCCUCCUCCUCCCGUUGUACAUGCCCAGCCUACCUCAGAGUCCGCUACUAAGCGGGCUCGUACUUUGAAAAGCUCAGGUACAGAGUCAUUCGACCCUGCAUCCCCGGCUUCGCCUACUGGGGAAGAGACCCAAGGUGAUUACCCCAGUCCAGUAUCCGCUGCUGAAGACAAGCGCCGCCGCAAUACCGCUGCCAGCGCACGGUUCAGAUUGAAGAAGAAGGAGCGGGAAGCGGCGCUUGAGCGACGGGCAAAAGAGCUUGAAGAACGUGUUGUAGAGCUGGAACGCGAGUGCGAAGGACUGCGUAGGGAGAAUGGAUGGUUGAAGGGCCUUGUGGUGGGCGUAACAGGCGCUAAUACCAAAUAGGGGGUCAAAGAACGGCACAACGCUGUUGAGCGACGAGUCUUCUGCUGAGUGGGGAUUAAGCGCUCUCGGUGUUUGGCGCCGGUGACUUCUUGCCAUAUCCCUUCGCGAGGUGAUGGUUUAUGAGGAGCUCGACCUUCUAUUGCACGAAGACGAUGGAGUAUCUUGUAGAGACCGCGGUGGCACGAAGUGGCGGGCACCAUGAAGUACUCAAUCAGGCUUUGUAUUAUUAUCGAUAAUUUUUUGAUUUUUUACUGUGCAAGUAGACGUUUCAUGAACUCGUUAUCGGGCUAGCUGCGUCAUAGUGUGCAAAUAUUGUUAUGCAUGGGAAGUUUCGGAGCUUAGGCCUCGGGCGUGGACAUGAUGGCUAGCAUGGUUGACAAUCGUGGGUUUACAAUCAGUGCAUAACCGACAUCAUGGCGUAUCUCCUAUCGUAUCGCAUCCUGGAUAAUCCCCAAUUGAGUUAUUUCGAGGUAUGAUGACCGUAAG